CGUCUCGUCAAACGUAAUUCCGUCGACCGGCGAGCAUUAUCUAACCCAACGACGAAUUCCCAUUCCCAAACCCUAAUUCCAAUUCAGGCCGAUCGGCGGCGGCGAUUACAGAUAAUCGGCGAAGAUGGUGCUCGCACAGCUAGGUGGAAGCAUUUCUCGUGCUAUUCAGCAGAUGAGCAAUGCGACGAUUAUCGACGAGAAGGUGCUCAGUGAUUGCCUCAACGAGAUUACCCGCGCGCUUCUCCAAUCCGACGUGCAGUUCAAGCUCGUUCGCGAGAUGCAGACAAAUAUCAAGAAGAUAGUCAAUCUCGAUGAUCUCGCCGCGGGGCAUAAUAAGCGUAAAAUAAUUCAACAGGCGAUUUUUAACGAGCUGUGCAAGAUAUUGGAUCCCGGGAAGCCUUCAUUCACCCCAAAGAAAGGGAAAACUAGUGUUGUAAUGUUUGUCGGUCUUCAAGGAUCCGGAAAAACAACAACAUGUACAAAAUAUGCAUAUUACCAUCAAAAGAAGGGUUGGAAGCCUGCAUUGGUUUGUGCUGAUACAUUCAGAGCUGGCGCCUUUGAUCAGUUGAAGCAAAAUGCCACUAAAGCUAAAAUUCCUUUUUACGGAAGUUACACCGAAUCGGAUCCUGUGAGAAUUGCAGUUGAAGGUGUUGAAAGAUUUAAGAAGGAAAAUUGUGAUCUCAUAAUUGUCGAUACCAGCGGACGUCACAAACAGGAAGCUGCUCUAUUUGAGGAGAUGCGUCAAGUUUCUGAAGCAACGAAACCAGAUCUUGUCAUAUUUGUCAUGGAUAGCAGUAUCGGUCAAGCUGCUUUUGAUCAAGCACAAGCAUUCAAGCAAAGUGUUGCAGUCGGAGCUGUGAUUGUCACUAAGAUGGAUGGGCAUGCAAAGGGAGGUGGUGCACUUAGUGCAGUUGCAGCGACAAAAAGUCCAGUUAUUUUUAUUGGAACUGGUGAACAUAUGGAUGAGUUUGAAGUAUUCGAUGUGAAGCCAUUUGUCAGCCGUCUUUUAGGUAUGGGUGACUUGUCUGGAUUCAUGGAUAAGAUUCAUGAAGUUGUUCCGAAGGAUCAACAGCCCGAGCUUCUCCAGAAGCUUUCAGAAGGCAACUUUACUUUGAGGAUUAUGUACGAGCAAUUUCAGAACAUACUCAAGAUGGGUCCCAUUGGUCAGGUAUUUUCAAUGCUUCCGGGAUUUAGCCAAGAGUUGAUGCCCAAAGGCCACGAGAAGGAAAGCCAGGCAAAGAUUAAAAGAUACAUGACAAUGAUGGACUCAAUGACCGACGAAGAGUUGGACAGUUCUAAUCCCAAACUCAUGAAUGAAUCCCGGAUAAUGCGAAUAGCUAGAGGGUGCGGCCGACCAGUGAGGGACGUAAUGGACAUGCUGGAAGAAUACAAGCGGCUGGCGAAGAUCUGGAGCAAGAUGAAGGGGCUCAAGAUCCCAAAGAAGGGAGAAAUGAGCGCAUUGUCGCGAAACAUGAACGCACAACACAUGAGUAAAGUCCUCCCGCCGCAGAUGCUCAAGCAGAUUGGCGGCAUGGGCGGCUUGCAGAAUUUGAUGAAGCAUAUGGGCGGCUCUGCCAAGGAUAUGAUGGGUAUGUUCGGAGGCGGCGAAAAUUAGAGCUUCACAGGUACUUUGUUUCUACACUAUACUUUGGAUAUUUGAUGAUGAUGAUAUAUAUAUAUAUGUUUAUGUACCUAUAAAUAAUUGGUAUUUUUUUUUUUUUGGCGUUGUGAAAUUGCAUCUACAGUUUCUAUGCUCUACGGUAACUCGUAAAUUUUGGAUAAUCAUUGAAGGUUAUAUUGGUGGUUUGCUCGUA